UAAUUAGUAAAGAUUUUACUGCUUGGGAAUUUUACCGUGAAAAGUUGAAAUUCGGGAUAUUAUUUAUUUAGAGAAAAACAAAAAAAUGCCGAGAACGAAUGUAUGUUCAGAAGUAACAAUAUCAAAUAUCCGACUGGCAGUGCGUCAGGUAGUUGCUGACUUUUGUGCUAGUCCAGAGCGAACUGUUGAAAACAUCAUGAAUGCUCGAUUUGAAAAUUUGGUUGAACCGAUUCAGCAGCUCAUCGCAACUCGUCUUGAACGUAUAUAUGAACAAAUACAGUACAGCAUAUUAUCACCCUCAAACGAACCACCCUCAUCUCGAUCUGUAUUGAGAUUUUUAAGCGAGCAUAAUGAUGAAUCGGAAAAAGAUGUUAUCCAACGUUUUGAAGAUAAAACUUCAUCACGAGGACAUAUCCAUGAACAAUGGCAGAAAUUAAGGAUUCCUCCUCCAUUGCCAAUUAAUCCUGCUUCCCCAACUGUCAUUCCGCGUUUGGAAAAUCUUUCGAGCGAUCAUUCAUCGAGGAAUAGUACAAGUGACAAGCGUCGAAAAUCAGCCAAAAAUGUGCAGAAUUCAAAUUCUUUUCCUUCCUCAAAAAAUACUUCUUCAACCACGUCGUCUACAUCAAGCAAUUUGUCAUUACAAUCUGGUGAUUCACUGCUACAACCACUUCAGGAAAGCGGACGCAACAGACUAAAACUGUUCUUAUCUGGAAGGAAGUCGAGUACCACUUCGUCCUGCAAUAUUACUGAACGACCACCUUCACACAUGGCAACUAAUAGGGAUGCAAAUGUGAAUGAUGGAGUUUUGGUGAGAAUAAGGAAAGCAGCCGAUGAUGCACUUCCUGUUGUUUUGGAUGAAGAAUUCGUACCGAGUGUUCCAUCGUUAGAAACCGCCAUAUAUCCAACGUUGGCAAAUGAAAAAUCAAAAAUACCAACCAGUUUAUGCUCGUCGUUACGUUCGGAUGAUGACAAAGUGACAGUGCAGUUUUUUCCAACAAAAGUUCCGACAGCAGAUGCAGCAGUUUCUACCGACCCUGCGUUUAUGGAUAAUCAAUCAGUAGAGAAAAUUGAAGUUGGUGUCAAUACUAUUAUAGAAAUGGGUGGCAACUUGGCGGAUGGUAGUUCAAGUUCAAAUACAACCUCUGAUAAUAGUGCCGGACAGCUACCGAAGCGAUUAUUUGAUACUGUUCUUCAGAGGCCUUCGCUGAGAAUUGUGUCGCUGCGACCGGAUGGAAGUAUUGUUCCCACAGUUAAUUCGGCAUCGCAUCAUUUUCCCAGUGUCCGAGAAUGGAUACCAGUGGCAAAUGAAGAGAACGGCGAGAAAUCAGUUUUAGCUUCAGAAGCAGAAAUUUGCGAUGUGGCAGAUGAAUCAGACCCAGAUUAUUCAGGAGGGAAUGGAAUGAGAUUAGACAGUGUCUCAGCAUCGAUAUCACGACCUGACCCGUUCGAAGAAGAUUUAAAUACUCUGGCGAACAUUUCACCGCUUCCACAUUCUUAAUGUAUGGAGCAUUUCUUGCGUAGUUGUAACUUUUUGCUCUUGCUAUAUAAUGGGUGGCUUUGUCACUUCCAUUCAUUCAGUUUGAUUGCGCUGAGCUUCAUUACUUUUUCUGUCCU